AUGUUCGCCUUCUUAGCAGCACUUUUAUGCUUUUACGCGUUGCGUAAUGGAAGGAUUGUGCACGGUCAGGGUGCAAAAGAGACCCGCUAUAUCUGUACCGCAGUACCUGCAGGUAGCAACCCAAGUUGUGCACUACCUCCCGUACACAUUCAGAGCACGGUCGCGGAUGAAGAAGAAUUAAAGAACACAGUCAUGCAACUGCGAGAGACCAUCCUACAACAAAAGGAGACUAUUGUCAACCAACUCGGUACAAUAAAGGAGUUGACUUCCAAACUCUCAAGCUGCGAGUCAGACAUGCAGCCGGGAGGGAAAUACAGAGGUCAAGGAUCCUGGAGAAAAGACAACAAGAACACUAUGGGAGAUCUCCCUCGAGACCCGAGUGACACUAUUGACCACCUUGGAAAGACCAUGCAGAGUCUCAAGAAUCGACUGGAAAACUUGGAGCAACAGCACACGAGAGCCAAUAUGUCGGGCACGUCUUUUCCCAGCGAGCUUCGAGACAUGCUCCAGCGCAGGCUGGGGGACUUAGAGACUCAGCUCCUGAGCAAAGUGGCCGAGCUGGAGGAGGAGAAGAGCCAGCUGUACAACGAGACGGCUACCCACCGCCAUCGCACAGAGAGCACCCUCAACUCCCUGCUGGAGAGGAUCAACGAGCUGGAGAAAGGAAACAGUGGAUUCAAAUCCCCUGAGGAAUUCAAAGUUUCCCUCCCUCUCCGCACAAACUACCUGUAUGGGCGCAUUAAGAAGAGUCUGCCUGAGAUGUACGCCUUCACUGUGUGCAUGUGGAUCAAGUCCAGCGCUAGCCCUGGCAUAGGCACUCCAUUUUCCUACGGCGUCCCAGGACAAGCUAAUGAGAUUGUGCUGAUCGAAUGGGGAAAUAAUCCCAUUGAGCUCCUCAUCAAUGAUAAGGUGGCCCAGCUGCCCCUGUCCAUCAGCGAUGGCCGCUGGCACCACAUCUGCAUCACCUGGACCACCAGAGACGGGCUGUGGGAGGCCUAUCAGGAUGGGGAGAAGCUGGGGUCCGGGGAGAAUCUGGCCCCUUGGCAUCCCAUUAAGCCUGGAGGGGUCAUUAUCCUGGGGCAGGAACAGGACACCGUAGGCGGGCGGUUUGAUGCCACGCAGGCCUUUGUGGGAGAGCUGAGCCAGUUCAACGUGUGGGACCGCGUGUUACGGCCUGUGGAUAUCAUGAACAUGGCUAACUGUUCAUCUUACAUGCCGGGCAACAUCAUACCGUGGAUCGACACCAACGUGGAGGUCUUGGGCGGUGCCACCAAGUGGGCGCUGGAGAUAUGUGAAGAUCGCUUUUUUGACUCCUAA